AUGGCGUUGAAAGCCAGAGCGCUUUACAGCUUCCAGAGUGAAAACAAGGAGGAGAUCAGCAUCCAGGAGAACGAGGAGCUGGUCAUCUUCAGCGAGAACUCCCUGGAUGGGUGGUUACAGGGCCAAAACAGCCGCGGGGAGACCGGCCUCUUCCCUGCUUCCUACGUCGAAAUCCUCCGCUCCCGGUCCAGCUCCAACUACACGGACUAUUCCAGCAGCCCAGCCGGCUCCCCUGGGCACGACUUCUACACAACUCCCCCCAACUCCAGCAUCCCCUACCAGGGUAGCUUUGAGGAUGACGACGAUGAUGAUUGGGAUGACUGGGAUGAUGCUUGCACAGUGGUGGAGGAACCUCGGAAUGCACCAGGCACCAAUGGGCACCCUUCACCCAGCCUGCAGUACCCAGCAGCCUACGACCACCACCAGCAUGCUGGUUACCGUCCCAAGCCUGCCCUGGAGAGGCAGGACAGCAUGAGCUCCUCCAAGAGGGGCAGUGUGGUGGGGAGGAACCUCAACCGUUUCUCCUGCUUUGUCCGUUCGGGGGUGGAAGCCUUCAUCCUGGGCGACGUGCCCUUGAUGUCCAAGAUCGCCGAGGCCUAUUGCAUUGAGAUGGGCUCCAAAGGUCCCCAGUGGAAGCCGAACCCCCACCCCUUUAUCUGCUCCGUGGAGGACCCGACCAAGCAAACCAAGUUCAAGGGCAUCAAAAGCUACAUCUCCUACAAGCUGACCCCCAGCAGCAUCAACUCUCCGGUGUACCGGCGGUACAAGCACUUUGACUGGCUCUACAACCGCCUGCUGCACAAGUUCACGGUCAUCUCGGUGCCCCACCUGCCCGAGAAGCAGGCCACGGGGCGCUUCGAGGAGGACUUCAUCGAGAAGCGCAAGCGGCGGCUGAUCCUCUGGAUGGAGCACAUGACCAGCCACCCUGUGCUCUCCCAGUACGAAGGCUUCCAGCACUUCCUCUGCUGCCGCGAUGAGAAGCAGUGGAAGCUGGGCAAACGCCGGGCGGAGAAGGAUGAGAUGGUGGGGGCCAGCUUCCUCCUCACCAUCCAGAUCCCCACAGAGCACCAGGACCUGCAGGACGUGGAGGACCGCGUGGAUGCCUUCAAGACCUUCAGCAAGAAGAUGGAUGACAGCGUCCUGCAGCUGACCAAUGUGGCUUCGGAGCUGGUGCGCAAGCACGUGGGAGGCUUUCGGAAGGAGUUCCAGAAGCUGGGCAAUGCCUUCCAAGCCAUCAGCCAGUCCUUCCAGAUGGACCCUCCGUACAGCUUGGAUGCCCUCAACAAUGCCAUCUCCCACACUGGCAAGACGUAUGAGACUGUGGGGGAGAUGUUCGCUGAGCAGCCCAAGAAUGACUUGUUCCUCAUGCUGGACACUCUCUCUUUGUACCAAGGGCUCCUCUCCAACUUCCCAGACAUCAUCCACCUCCAGAAAGGCGCCUUCGCGAAGGUGAAGGAGAGCCAGCGGAUGAGCGACGAGGGCAGGAUGGACCAGGAGGAGGCCGACGGGAUCCGCAAGCGCUGCCGCGUGGUGGGCUUCGCCCUGCAGGCUGAGAUGAACCACUUCCACGAGCGGCGCGUGGCCGACUUCAAGAGGAUGAUGCAGUCUUACUUAAAGCAGCAGAUCAUUUUCUACCAGCGCGUCAGCCAGCAGCUGGAGAAGACCUUGCGCAUGUACGACAACCUCUGA